AUGAACCCCAGCGACGGAAUCGCACCCAUCCAAAUCAGGAAGAUGCGAAACGACUUCGUCCGAUGCAUUAUAAAAGAUGAGGAAUACAAAAAAAAAGACGAGAAAAAAAAAGAAAUCGUUAAGUAUUGUAAAAGUUACAAAGAUUUUUGCAACAUUGUAAGUUCAGUAAAUAUGAAGCCGGUGAGGACAUAUGAGGAGAAGGUCUCCUAUGAAGAUUACAUAAACUUUAAUGCUUCCUCCUCAAAGUGUCAGAUGGAAACUAUAAAAAGGAGAAACAGACGGAGUCAAAAUGGUCAGCUCAUGAAUUUGUUUCAGGUUAAUAAGCCUGUACAACUACCCUCCGCACAGGAGGUCGAAGAGAGGAGGUCUGGACAGGAGAUCCAGCAAUUUCUAAGCAUGUUGUGGGAUAACCAAAAGGAUUACGCCAAUUUUAUAAAACGAAACUACACCUCCGAUGAGCUGACCGAUGUGCUUAGCCUUAUAAGAAGAAAAUGGGACAACCUAUUUGAGACCACUAGUGUGGAUGACCCUGUGAUGGAGCAAACCCAGCAGACAUUGCUCAACUUGGCAAACUUCCUCAUUCAUGUGGCGAACCAUUGGAAGAAGCAGAACCUCUCUGCUUACUUCACGCAGGACGAGCUCAACCAGAUCAACUUAACCCUCCAGGAUGUGAUUGCCAAAAUGGAAAAAACAGCCUCUACACUUAAUUACGAAACUAAUGGCGAUAUUAGCAUAAUGAUAAAUCAACUUAAGGUGAUUCACUUUUAG